AUGGCAAGCUACACGAACGGCGAAAGCAACAACGGCGAGACCAAGGGCAUCCAACCAAAGAUCACUCUCUACACCAACCACCUCUGUCCUUUCGCUCACCGCGCCCACAUCACCCUUGAAGAGCUGGGCCUGGACUUUGAAGAAGUCAUCAUCGACCUCGAUAAGCCUCGCGAGCAAUGGUACCUUGACAUCAACCCCCGCGGUCUCGUACCUUCGAUCAAGUACACCGUCCCCGGUCUCUACGACGAGGAGAUCAUCACCGAGUCGAGCAUCGUCGCACAGUUCCUCGCAGACGCCCGUCCUUCGCAUCUGCUACCCGGUAGCUUGCAUGAUCCUUUCGCUCCGCUGUUCAGAGCUAGAGUGGCUUUCUUUGUCGACACUUGGAACACAAAGGUUCAGGGCAGCCUGUACCCAAUGAUGAAGGCCGAGGGCGAAGAGAAGGACAAGCUGGCCAAAGAGACUGUUGCCGCUAUUGAGAAAGAGAUUGAGCCUCUGUUGGCAAACGCUGCUCCCUUCUUUGGCGGCAAGGACAAGCCCACCCUUGCUGAGGCCAUCAUCGCACCCUUCCUCAUCCGCUUCUUUGCUUUCUCCAAGGAGGGCAACCUCCUUCCUUCGUCGCUCAAGAAGUCCAUCGAGGCUCUGCCAAACACUGGAAAGUGGGCCAAGGCUGUCGUCGAACUUCCCAGUGCUCUGACUAUCUGGAACGAGGAGGACGUCGUCAAGAGAACGUCGGCUCGCGUGGCCAAGAUGAAGGAGGCUGCCAAGUAA